AUGUCCUCCUCCCUCGACCUCGACGAGGAGCUCUCCAUCUACGACCAGAUUGAAAUCGAAGACAUGAGCUUCGACGCGACCCUGCAGCUGUACACGUACCCGUGCCCGUGUGGCGACCGCUUCGAGAUCCUCCUCGACGACCUUCGCGACGGCCAGCAAAUCGCCGUCUGCCCCUCCUGCAGCCUCAUGAUCCAGGUCAUCUUCGAACCUGAGGACCUUCCCGCCGCGCCCACCAACACAGGCACAAACACCACGGCUGUCACUGUCUAG